CCUACUGUCUAUGGGUUUGGCUGUUGAAGCGAUGGGUCUGGUGUACACGUGCACCGACAUGUUAUCCACCAUGUUUCCUGGCGUCUCACAAGAAGAUGAAGUCUCUCUGACACAGCCGUCCAAUGAGAAGACUGGUGGUGACAAUAAACCAGCCUCGAGUGUAGCGCGUCAUUGUGGUCAGUCUCUACAGACUCUGCUGGAGUGUCCGGAGACUCCAGGGCUCUUCGCCCUCGGCUUACUAACAACGUCACCAACCCAUUCGUCUCCUUCCGACUACUCCGCACUAGGACUCGGGCUGGCCACACGAUCUGCAAUAGUCCGCUUGUUGUCUGUCGCACUGCAUUUGGAUACCUUCGAUAACGAGCA